GACUUGUCAAAGUUUGAUGUUUCAUAUUUUUAUAAUGUAUGUUGACUUUUCGAGGAAAAUUUAUUUUAUGGUCUGAUUAUAAGACAAGAGAUUUCUCUCGAAUUCCAAAAUGAAUCCCUUAACUAACAUGAAAAAUGUUCUCAAGUUAAGUGAACAAGAAUUGAGAACAAAAAAUAAAACUUCUUGGCAUGAUCAGUACAAAGACAGUGCUUGGAUAUUCGUUGGAGGGCUUCCUUAUGAUCUCAGUGAAGGUGAUAUAAUAUGUAUAUUUUCCCAGUAUGGCGAAGUUGUGAAUGUAAAUCUCAUUAGAGAUAAAGACACUGGAAAGCCCAAAGGAUUUUGCUUUCUCUGCUAUGAAGAUCAGAGAUCAACAGUUUUAGCUGUGGACAAUUUCAAUGGUAUUAAAAUACUGGGUCGAAUCAUUCGUGUUGAUCAUGUUGCUGAUUAUAAGGUACCUAAAGAGGGAAAGAAAACGGAUGAAGUGACUAAAAAUUUAUAUUCUGAAGGUUGUGCGCCAAAACCUGUUCCCGUUAGGAAAACUCCUCCAAAAGAUUUGAGGGUGACUAUUGAAGAUCAAAUUGAAUCUGACAUAAAACUACCGCAAAGACUGCCUAUUUAUCCCAUCAAACAAGAAAAAAUUGAUGACAAGGAAAUAAAGAAAGAGAAAGACGAUGAAGGCAAAUCAGACAGAAAAAAGAAUAAAAAGUCAAAGAAGAAGAAGAAGAAAAGAGAUGAGAGUACCUCAGAUGAAGAAAGUUUUAGCAAAUCAAAGAAACAUAGAGAAAAUAGUUCUGAUGAAAGACAACACAAGAAGUCAAGCAAACAUAGACAUAAUAGUAGUUCAGAUGAAAGUUACACAAAAUCGGAAAAGCGAAAACUAUAUAAGACUGAAAAAUUAGAUCGUCACAAUAUGAAUGAUAGAUCAGAAAGGAGAUACUCCUCCUCUCAUCAUAAAAAAACUUAGUUUGUAAAGUUUUUCUUCACAGAAACUAUACUUAAUUGGACAGUUGGGUAAAUUAAAAUUUCACAAUUUUCAA